GAACUUUCCGCUGUACUUUCUGCGAGACUGAAGUGGAAGAAGAUGAGUCGGCGAUGCCCAAAAAGGAUGCAAGGACACUCGUGGCAAGAUUUAAUGAGCAGAUCGAGCCCAUCUAUGCGCUGCUUCGUGAGACGGAAGACGUUAACUUAGCCUAUAACAUCCUUGAACCAGAACCCACGGAGAUUCCUGCCCUGAAGCAGAGCAAGGAGCGUGCAGCUGGUGCUGGUUCAGGGACAGCAGCUGGCCUUGCAGGUGGACACCAUCGGGAAGCGUGGACUACAAAAGGACCAUCAUAUGAGGACUUGUAUACCCAGAACGUUGUCAUCAGCAUGGAGGACCAGGAGGAUCUUAACAAGUCUGCAAGUGAAGGAAAGCCAGCCAAAGAAAGACCAAUUUGGCUACGGGAGAGCACAGUGCAGGGGGCUUAUGACCCUGAUGAAAUCAAAGAUGGGGGCCGGGAUCUGGAUGCCUUCCAGGAGCGUGAGGAAGGCCGAGCAGCUCUGGAUGAUAAUGAGGAGGUGAUGCGUGCCCUGCUUAUCCACGAGAAGAAGACACCUUCAGCAUCGACAGUCACAGUCGGAGGUGCCGCUCCUCUGUCCGGUGCCAACGCUAGUGACUCCGAGAGUGAGACAAGCGAGUCGGAGGAGGAAUCCCCUCCCCGCCCUCCCGCUACGGCCACCACGACGUACGGGCUGGAGGAUGAGGAUGAGGAUGAAGAGUUUGAGGUGGUGGCAGAAGACCCCACUGUCACAGUGGCUGGGCGUCCACAUUCAUACAGCCAAGUGAGCCAGCGCCCUGAGCUGGUGGCCCAGAUGACACCAGAGGAAAAAGAGCUUUACAUAGCCAUGGGGCAACGCAUGUUUGAGGACAUGUUUGAUUAA